GGAGGAGGAUUCGGCUAUGGAGGCGGAGGAGGUGGAGUUGUUGGAGGUGGAGUUGUUGGUGGCGGAGGGGGGCUGACCUUAGGAGGCGGAGGAGGAGGAGGCAAUAACCAAAACUACAACCAAGGAAACUUCGGAGGGCAAAACAACCUGGGUGUUGUGGGCCAAGGAGGAACCGACGGCUUCGGGAACUCGGAUUUUGGACAAGAUCUCGGAUUCGUCUACACCAACCCAGGUUCCCUCCCCCAGGGAGGGGGAUUAGGAGGGGGUGAUCUCUCUCAUGGCAACGUGGGAGGUAUUGGAGGAGGACUAGGUGGGGGUCAACUUGAGAUCGUGUCCUCACACGGAAGCGAUCUCCUGAGCGGAUUGUACGGGACACCUGGCGUAGGAGGAGGGGGAGGAGGAAGCGGAGGAGGUGCAGGAGGAGGAGGCGGCGGUUGUAGGCCCGACGUCCAGAUAUCGGUGGUGACGUCGGUGCGUCUGGUGCCGACGACGCUCAUCAGCACCAGGACGAGGGCCAUUCCGACGACGGUCUUCCAGCAGAUCACCCAGACCAGCAUCUUCCCGACAACGAUCGUCAGGACGCAGGUCAUCACCUCUGUCGUUCCGCCCAUCAUCCAGACGUCAACGCAGGUGCUCACCCAAACACAGUAUGUGACCCGGGCCAGGAUCAUCACAGACACCCAAUACCUGACCCAGACACAAAUCCAGAGGGUCACCGAAACAUCAGUGCAGACAAGGUUCCAGGUCAGCACGACAACUCUAGUUCAGGUCGUCACGAGGACUCAAUUGAAUAAUCAGAUCCAGACGCAGUUCCAGACCCAGGUCAUAACACAGACAAAAACGGAGCAAGUGACGAAGUCAGUGACAGUUCCUCGUUACUUCACGCAGACCUUGACCUCCUACUACCCUGUAACUGACACUGUCACAGCCACCAGAACAAUCCAGAGUGUGGCAACCGCCUUCCAGACAAUCACGGUGCAGGGACAGUGCUCUGCCACAGGAGGUGGAGGUGGAGGUGGGGGUCAGGGUCAGGGUCAGGGUCAGGGUCAGCAAGGCUAUACUUAUAAUAACCCUAAUGUUUACUAGGUGCAUAAAUAUUUACGUAUAUUAUUCGUUCUUCAUUCUAACUCAGAAACAACUGUAUUCUUAUUUUUAAUUUAUGUGUGAAAUGAUACGUUUAUAGUCUGAUAACCUGUUCAAACUAGGUUUAUGUUGUUUAUGUCCAUUUUCCCUCCUAUGUGCUUCAUAUCUCAUAUUGUGAAUGUCCAAAGUCAUAUAUAAAGAAU